CCUCCUUCCUUUGCGCAGAAGCGCAACAAGGGCAUAGACAGGAAGCCGCGUCCCAACCAGUGGCAAAAUCAUCCUAGAAUCACGUGCUUGAGGCACCGAUGACGCUGAGGAGUGGUUUCCGAGCGCACCGACGGAGGCCGAGCACUCGACUCUAGUCUUCGAAGUCGCUCGUCUCCUCGAGCUCAUCGUCACCCCCGGCGCCCAGACCAACAUGCGCAGCCGUUGACACUCUAGUCUUCACUCCUCAUGACUUUUCGCUUCUCUUCCUUGCCGCCUGGCCUCAGACACGCCGUUUUUGCUCCGUGUCGCUCUGGUCUCUCUCCACACACCGCGGCCCGUCAGCAUGCCACGUUCUGGACGCGUUCGACGGCACGCUCGUUCUCUUCCCAGUUCUUCACCCGAACAGCUGCGCCUAGUCCAUCACUUCGCCGCAAGCUCCUCUUGCUCCUUCCAAUAGCAGGAGGUAUCAUCCUCUACGCCUCACCGGAGCCUCGCACGCGGAAAACGAACAUUUUCACGUCGAACAAGCUCAUACCAUGCCCUGCAGCUGGGCAAUGCGUCCCUGAACCAACGAUCUUGUCACCCGCCGAACCCGAGGACCAGCGCAUAACAUGGCGCAUAGUGGUGCUCGUGCGCGAAUACAUAUGGGAACCCAUACUCACCGCCAGACGGUUUGUACACCUGUGUUUCCUCUUCGUUCCUGUGCUUUUGGCGUCUCCGAUACUCCUCGUAGGCUUGACGGAGGAAAGGCUUUCCGGAGAUAGAUGGGGCGCUGUAUGGUGGUACGGAUUCCUCACUAGUCAGAUGCAGAGAGCGGGGCCUACGUUCGUGAAGCUAGCUCAAUGGGCGGCGUCUCGUGCAGACCUGUUUCCAGCACUUCUGUGCGAGAGACUCGGCGCACUACACUCCCGAGGCAAGGCACACCCGUUCUCUCAUACGAAGCGUGUAAUUGAGCGCGUCUUCCAACGACCGUUCCAUGAGGUCUUCGAGGAGUUUGAUGAAACGCCUAUCGGCACAGGUGCCAUAGCGCAGGUCUACAAGGGCACACUCAAGCAGGACCUUAUCCCGCCGACACACCUCACGCCAAAGCGCCAACGCAGAAAUAUGCUCCCAGAGGCUUUGAGUAACGAACAACCGAUAUCGGUUCCUACUGCAGCUGUAGCAAUUAAGAUUCUUCAUCCGAACGUCGACAAACUCAUUGCACGCGACCUCGCCAUCAUGUCCUUCUUUGCUUAUGCCCUGACGCUCUUCCCUGGCAUGCAAUGGUUGUCGCUACCCGAGGAGGUUGCCGUGUUCGGCCAGAUGAUGUAUGGACAACUCGACCUGCGGAUAGAGGCAAACAACCUCGAGGUCUUCGAGAAGAACUUCGCAACCAGGAAGCUUCCCGUGACGUUCCCCCGACCAUUGACCAAGUGGAGCACGAAGGACGUGUUGGUCGAGGAGUUUCAAAACGCACUGCCUCUGGAGCUGUUCAUGAAGAACGGGGGAGGUGCUUACAAUGAUCUGUUGGCCGAAGUCGGACUGGAUACCUUCCUGAACAUGCUGCUCUUGGACAACUUCGUGCACUCUGAUCUGCACCCAGGCAACAUCAUGAUCAAGUUCACGAAACCUUCAAAUAUCUCCAUCCGGGGCACCGCUUCCCACAUCAUGCACAAACCUGACGCCACCGAGGCCGCCCACUCUGUUAAUGACGGUAUCGUCAACCACCUCCGGCAGCUCAUGCACGACCCGCCCGCGUGGCGCGCUGAGCUCGAGCGGCUUCACGCGGACGGCUACGUCCCCGAGGUCGUCUUCGUCGACGCGGGACUCGUGACGACCCUCAACGAGAAGAACCGCACGAACUUCCUGGACCUCUUCCGGGCCGUUGCCGAGUUCGACGGGUACCGAGCGGGCGUGCUGAUGGUCGAGCGGUGCCGCACGCCCGAGCUCGCGAUCGACGCCGAGACCUUCGCCCUCCGGAUGCAGCACAUCGUGCUCAACGUCAAGCGGAAGACGUUCUCGCUCGGCCAGAUCAAGAUCUCGGAUAUUCUGACGGCGGUGUUGAAGGCGGUUCGGCAGCACCAUGUGAAGAUGGAGGCGGAUUUCGUGAACACUGUCAUUUCGAUCUUGUUGCUGGAGGGCAUUGGACGGCAGCUGGACCCUGGCCUGGAUCUGUUCAAGAGCGCGUUGCCGAUCUUGCGGCAGCUAGGUCGACAGAUGUCGACGCAGGAGACUAUCCAGAAGAUGCCGUCUGGUAACAUCGGAGCAUUCCUGAAGGUGUGGGUGUAUAUGGAGGCGCGCGAGCUUGCUUCAUCGGCGUUUGCGGACCCAGAUCAACUUGUCAAAUACGACUGGCUUACUGUUAGCAUAUAGACCAGCGUAUAGACCAUCAUCGCAGAUUAGUAGACUGAAUUCUUGCAACAUGUCGGACAGCAUCACUAGAAUACGUAUACUUAGCUAGAGUAGCAACAAUUAUUCUUCAGGUUAACGCAAUCCAAGCCCUGU